AUGCUGACCUCUCAGUCCCCCUUUCAUAGCUAUGAUCUGAUAAUAGAUGGAAUUUGCUUCAUGGUGUGUUCAGAAGCUGACAGCUACUAGGGGGUCAAAACUCGCUGCCAGGGACUUGGGGAAACUUUAGCUGAGAUUCACAGCCAGAAAGUUCAGGACAUCCUGGCGUUUUAUCUAAGUGAGCUGCAGGCGAGCAAUGAAGUCACCAGCAUCGACUUUGAAACGAGAAACUUCUGGAUAUGUUUGACAUAUAAGCCUCUAAGAGACUCAUUUCGCUGGGACACAGGAGAGCUCCUUCGAUUCAGCAGCUUUGCCUUUGGGCAACCUGACAGCCAAGGUUUCGGAAACUGUGUUGAACUGCAGGCACUGAGCACUUUCAACUGGAAUGAUCAGCAUUGCAAAACCAGCAUGGAAAGGCCCCUGCAGGCAGACACUCAACAGAAGUACGGAAGGAGGUAA